UGGGGACAGAGGACCUGACUUACUGAGAUUAGAUGUUGUAAUCCUGGUUCACAAACUUUUGACCUCAAUCCCUCCUGUUGCUCGUGGUAUUUCUCUGCCCCUUCAUUCCCAAUACACUCACUCACACACUCACUCACACGCACACACACACACUCACACACACACUCACACACACACGCCAGUCACUUUCUGUCUGGGAGCCCACGACACAGCUCAGAUGGGAUUCUGAGCUGGGAGAACAGGAGAAGGAGCGAAGGUGGAGGACAAUUUCCCUUUCAGGUCCUGUCUCUCUGGGUAGUGGCUUCCCUGGGCUCUCCUGGGGACUCGAGGCAUGGAGCUGAGCUGACCACAGGAGCCGGGAUCGGGGCUGAGACCCUGGCCAGGCCUCUGUCCACAUGCCUGCCUCCUACAAACAGUUAAUUUUGGACUUGCUGUCUUUUGAAUAUUUCCUCGAUGGGCAGCACGCAGCCCAGUGUGGCCGUUGGUUCUUUGCUUCUGGAGGGCACUGAGGAGGCGUGAAGCCCAGAGAGGAGGUGUGAUUUGCCUAAGGUCACACAGCAAGUUAGAGACUCAGCUCCACCAUUUACUGCUUUGGCUGUGCCUCUCUCACCGUCUGGCCCCACGCCCAGCUCAGUGGCCUCUGGAUCCAUUACGGGGCUAUGGACAGGAAAGUGGCGGCCCACGAGGAUGUGCCUCCUAUGGUCACCUGGGUCCCUGAGGAGGGAGAGAAGCUGGACCAGGAAGGCGAGGACCAGGUGAAGGAUCGGGGCCAAUGGACCAACAAGAUGGAGUUUGUGCUGUCAGUGGCCGGGGAGAUCAUUGGGCUGGGCAAUGUCUGGAGGUUUCCUUAUCUCUGCUACAAAAAUGGAGGUGGAGCCUUCUUCAUCCCCUACUUCAUCUUCUUCUUCACGUGUGGCAUCCCCGUGUUCUUCUUGGAGGUGGCCUUGGGCCAGUACACCAGCCAAGGGAGCGUCACAGCCUGGAGGAAGAUCUGCCCCCUGCUCCAAGGCAUUGGUUUGGCAUCUGUGGUCAUUGAGUCCUAUUUGAACAUCUACUACAUCAUCAUUCUCGCCUGGGCCCUCUUCUAUCUGUUCAGCUCCUUCACUUCUGAGCUGCCCUGGACAACCUGUACCAAUACCUGGAACACAGAGCACUGCAUGGACUUUCUGAACCACUCAGGAGCCAACACAGUGACAUCCUCUGAGAACUUCACCUCACCUGUCAUAGAAUUUUGGGAGAGACGUGUUCUGGGCAUCACUGCAGGCAUCCACGAUCUGGGAGCCCUGCGUUGGGAACUGGCCCUGUGCCUCCUGCUUGCCUGGAUCAUCUGCUACUUCUGCAUCUGGAAGGGGGUCAAGACCACAGGCAAGGUUGUUUAUUUCACAGCCACGUUUCCCUACCUGAUGCUGAUCAUCCUUUUGAUUCGAGGCAUCACGCUUCCCGGAGCCUAUGAGGGCAUCAUCUAUUACCUGAAGCCAGAUUUGUCUCGCCUGAAGGACCCCCAGGUGUGGAUGGACGCGGGCACCCAGAUCUUCUUCUCCUUUGCCAUCUGUGUAGGGUGCCUGACAGCCCUGAGCAGCUACAACAAGUACCACAACAACUGCUACAGGGACUGCAUUGCCCUCUGCUUCCUGAACAGUGCCACCAGCUUUGUGGCUGGGUUUGUGGUCUUCUCCAUCCUGGGCUUCAUGUCCCAAGAGCAGGCGGUGCCCAUCUCUGAAGUGGCUGAGUCUGGCCCUGGUCUGGCCUUCAUCGCAUUCCCUAAGGCUGUGACUAUGAUGCCCUUAUCCCAGCUGUGGUCCUGCCUUUUCUUCAUCAUGCUCAUCUUCCUAGGGCUGGACAGCCAGUUUGUCUGUGUGGAGUGCCUGGUGACAGCCUCCGUGGACAUGUUCCCCAGGCAGCUCCGGAGGAGCGGGCGGCGAGAGAUCCUCAUCCUUGUCAUUUCUAUCCUGUGCUACCUGAUAGGACUCCUCCUGGUCACUGAGGGCGGGAUGUACGUCUUCCAGUUGUUUGAUUAUUACGCUUCCAGCGGCAUAUGCCUGCUUUUCCUCGCAAUGUCGGAAGUAAUCUGCAUCAGCUGGGUGUAUGGGGCAGACCGUUUCUAUGACAACAUUGAGGACAUGAUUGGCUACCGGCCAUGGCCCCUGGUAAAGAUCUCCUGGCUCUUCCUGACCCCUGGACUUUGCCUGGCCACUUUCUUCUUCUCCUUGAGCAAGUAUACACCUCUCAAAUACAACAACAUCUAUGUGUACCCUCCCUGGGGAUACUCCAUUGGCUGGUUCCUGGCUCUCUCCUCCAUGGUCUGCGUCCCACUCUUCAUCAUCAUUACCCUCCUGAAGACCCAGGGUACCUUCAAGAAGCGCUUGCGACAGCUCAUCACCCCUGACCCCAGCCUGCCACAGCCCAAGCAACACCUGUGUCUGGAUGGUGGCACCAGCCAGGACUGUCGACCCUCCCCAGUGAAGGAGGGACUGAUAGUUGGGGAGAAAGAGACCCACUUAUAGGAUGUGGCUGAAAGCCAGGGGGCUCCUGAGCCAGGAACCUGGGGUCAGGGCCACCCUCUCCCCCCAGUGGACAGCCUUCGCCUCUGUCCCCACCACAGCCCUGUUGAGAAUGCCUGUGAUGUCUGGGGCACCCCCAGUGAAGGCAAGAUUUCCUCCUCUCUCUUCUCAGCGGAAGCAGCUCCUCCUGGUGGGCUCAGGACGGUCCCGCAGGAACAUGCCAUGCUGUGAAGAGACUCCCUGCUGGAACCCACUGUCUUAUUUAUAAAGGAGGGUGGUCUUUUUGGAGUUCACCAUCUGAUUAUAGCACAUUACAUUGUGAGGGAUCUCCCACUGCAGGGAUGUUUCCUGUUAGAGUUUACUACAUCUGUGCAUUGGAAGAUAGUGCCAAUUGGAAUACACAUCAGGAUCUGAUUCAGAGAGCACGAUGGAACACUGCUGGAAGUGGCACUGAACACACCAUGUUGGACUCUGACAUUCCCUUAGAGGGGGCCCCUCACUAGGUGUAGCAAUCUGGAGUCCAGGGGGAGGGGACUAGAGAGUCAGCCAGGAGGCAGAUCUUCACAGGCCAUCAUUGCAUUGACAUUUCCAGGAGGCAGUCUCUCCCAGUGUUCCUAGUGCCAGUGCUAGUUCUACACUCUUCUUCAGAUGUUAUCAACUCAUGGAGCGUUCAAAUGGAAAGGACUUACAGAUGAUGCCUGGACUGUGUCCUAUGUUCAUGACAGACAUUGCUAAUUGAUUACCAAUUCUUUCCCACCUCAUAGUCCUUCCAAAUAUAGUGCUCCAGGCAGCUUCAUUUGCCA